GCUGCUGAGCCACAGCAGCACCCCCCGUAGCAAGCAGGGCCCAGCCCAGCACCAGGAGAGCCCCCGCUGCUGGCGAGCCGGAGCGGGCAGGGCCGCGCCAUGUAGCACCCACGGCAGCCACCGGCAUGGAGCUGAUCACGGCGGAGUCCCCGGCCCGGCUGGUCCGGCUCUACCGGGAGUAUCACAACAACGAGCUCAUCUCCCUGCAUUACAACUACACGGGGAAGCUGCAGGCCAGCGGCAAGUACAAGGGCGGCCUGAAGGCCGAUGCGGUGGCCUUCCUGGCCGUCUGCGCCCUCAUCGUGCUGGAGAACCUGGUGGUGCUGCUGGCCAUCUGGAGGAACAAGAAGUUCCACUCGCCCAUGUUCUACCUGCUCGGCAACCUGACCCUCUCGGACCUGCUGGCCGGCCUGGCCUACACGGCCAACAUCGCCAUGUCGGGCGCCAACACCCUGCAGCUCACCCCGCUGCUGUGGUUCCUGCGGGAGGCGGGCGUCUUCAUCACGCUGGCCGCCUCCGUCUUCAGCCUGCUGGCCAUCGCCAUCGAGCGGCACAUCACCAUGAGCCGCAUGAAGCUCUACCACGGCGCCAAGAAGGGCCGCAUGUUCCUGCUCGUGGGGGCCACCUGGGCGGCCUCGCUGCUGCUCGGGCUGCUGCCGGUCCUGGGCUGGAACUGCCUGGACAGGCUGGGGAGCUGCUCCACCGUCCUGCCGCUCUUCUCCAAGAGCUACGUCCUCUUCUGCAUCACCGUCUUCCUGGCCAUCCUGGUGUCCAUCACGGUGCUCUACGCCCGCGUCUUCCGCAUGGUGAAGGGGAGCAGCCCGCGGCCGGGCAGCCUGCGCAAGGGGACGCUGAAGCGCUCGCAGAAGUCCAUGGCCCUGCUCAAGACGGUCACCAUCGUGGUGGGGACGUUCGUGGCCUGCUGGCUGCCCCUCUUCCUGCUGCUGCUGCUGGACGUGUGGUGCGAGGCGCAGGCCGGGGCCUGCCGCGUGCUCUACAAGGCCGACUACUUCCUGGGCUUGGCCAUGCUCAACUCCCUGCUCAACCCCGUCAUCUACACGCUGACCAGCCGGGACCUGCGCCGCGCCAUCCUCAAGCUGCUGUGCUGCCUGCUGGGGGGGCCGGCCGAGGCCAGCCCGGCCCAGCGCUUCGGCCUCCCCAUCCUGGAGUGCAGCACCAGCAAGUCGGAGCGCUCGUCCCACCGGCCCGAGGGGCUCGACGCCAGCCUGUCCACAGGCAACGGGACGCCCACCCCCGUCAAGGCGCUGGUGCCCAGUGCCGAGGACUGAGCCCCUGCCCCACAGCGGGGUGGGAGCGCGGCACGGGCCGGGGGAAGGGCUGGG